AUGCGCUCAUUCGCCAUCGCCGCCGCUGCCGCUACCCUCAUAUCCUCCACCUAUGCUGCUCCAUGGGGCGCGGGUGGGCUCUGGGGACGCAAGCCCGACCCAUCCAAGUGCUUGACCAAGGAUGCUGCGACCGCUCUCGCGGAAGGCUUCCAAGGGCUCAUCGUCGCCUACACCACUGAAAACGCCCAGGCCCUGCUCGCUGAAGACCUGGUUGAUUACUCUAACUCGAUCAAGUCUCUGCAAGGCUUCCCUGUCGAUCCCUUCACGCCUGUCUUCCCCUCGAAGGCUGCGUUUAUGGCGGGCCAAGGUGCCCAACCCUCGGUCCCCCUCGAGAUCUUGGCUAUUGAUGCCUUCAACUGCCAAAACGUCACUCUCCGAUGGGACGCUAACUUUGGCAACGGCAACUUGGUGGCCGGUAUCACUCACCUGACCGCGUCCAACAGCCAAGGCAAGGCCGACACCUGGCAAAUCAGCGCCAUCUACACUGAGUUCGACAGCCUGGCAUGGUUCAAGGCCAUCGGCGGUACUGUCACCCCUCCCGGCCAGUAA